AAAUGAAAUUUAUAAGAAAUUAAUAAAAGUAAAUAAAGAAAUAAAAAUAAAUUAUAAGAAAAAAUAGAAAGACAUGAAUGUCAAGAAAUUUCAAUGAAAAAAAUCAAGAGGCACAAAUUAAACAAAGAAGAAAAUGAAGCAGAAUAAAAAGUAUAUGAAAAAACUAAAAUGAAAUUUUCCAAAAAAAAAUUUAAAUAAAAAGAAAUAAUGGAAAAAAAAAUAAAUCUGAAGAAGUUUAUAAGAAAAAAUCGAAUUUCAAAAUUCUUGUAAAAACACAAAACAUCAUGGAUAACAAAACCAUCGAGACAAUAAUUGUCAUUAAUGAUGAUGAGUUUUUACAAAUUUUUUUACACGGUUUACAAAUGUAUUAUGUUCCAUUUUUGGUUUAUUUUGGUUCUCUUGGAAAUAGUCUCUCGGUGUGCGUGUUUUUUGGCACAAAAAUGCGACGAACAUCAUCAAACUUUUAUCUCGCUGCACUUGCAAUUAGUGACACUGGUUUUUUAUUAUCAUUAUUUAUCGUUUGGUUAGGAAUGAUUGAAGUGAAAUUAUUCGAUAGACAAGGUUUUUGUCAAUUUUUCGUCUAUUUAACGACAGUUUGCAGUUUUUUGAGUGCAUGGUUCGUUGUAUCAUUCACUGUGGAAAGAUUUGUUGCUGUACGUUAUCCACUUCAACGACAAUGGAUGUGUACAGUGAAACGAGCAAAGACAAUUAUUUUCACUAUAACAUUAAUUGGUUUAAUAAUUUGUAGUCCAGUUAUAUUAUUUUCUAAACCACAAGCGACAAAUUCAUUUUCCAAUUCAACAAUACAGUGUACAUUAGCUGAUGAAUGGCAAAAAUGGGCGAGUGCAUAUAAUGUUAUUGACACUGUAUUAACAUUUAUUGUGCCAUUUUGUUUGAUAGUGAUUUUAAAUACAUUAAUUGUCAAAUCAGUAUGGCGUAUUGUGAGAGCGAGGGAAAAUUUGACUAUUGAAUCGGGACAACAGCAUCGUGUUCGGGAUAAAUCAUCAAAUUCCUCGCAUACUCGUGCUUCGAUUAUUAGUCAAACCAAGGUUACGAAAAUGCUUUUGAUCGUCUCCAGUGUUUUUCUCUGUUUCAAUUUACCAGCAUACGUCAUAAGAAUUUAUUCUUACUUCCUUAUUCAGAGAAACGAGGAACCUCACGUAAAUAUUAUUAUAGCUCAACAAUUGAGCAACAUAUUCUUCGACACAAAUUUUGGAAUAAAUUUUGUUCUCUAUUGUGCAACAGGACAAAAUUUUCGAGCAAUAGUUGUACGUAUUUUAUGCCAUCGCUGUCAACGUAGAAAUAAUAAAACCCUAUCAUCAACACAACGAUCUAGUCAAAGAAAUUUAUACGUUGCUGAUUCAGACCGUUCAGCUGGAUCAGUUUAUCGUCAACGAACAAUUAAUGAUCAAUGGCCAGAUAAUUAUGAGAUGCAAUCUUUCUAAAAAAAAAAAAGAAAAACAA